AAUUCAUCUCUCAACCCUCCUCACAUCCUCUCCAACUCCUAAGGACUAAAUAGUAAUUUUCUCUGAUCUUCCCUACCAAAUAUGGGUUUCAUCAUUGUCAUUUUCUUGGUUGGCUUGCUUGCAAUGGCCUCAGCCGGCGAAGGCUACGGUGGUGGAGGGUGGUCAGAUGCUCAUGCCACCUUCUACGGUGGCGGAGAUGCUUCCGGCACAAUGGGUGGGGCAUGUGGUUAUGGAAAUUUGUAUAGCACAGGCUAUGGUACAAACACUGCAGCUCUAAGUACAGCUCUUUUCAACAAUGGGUUGAGCUGUGGAUCUUGCUAUGAGAUGAGGUGUGUGAAUGACAAGUCAUGUCUGCCUGGGGGUAUUUUAGUCACUGCAACAAAUUUUUGCCCUCCAAACAAUGCCUUGCCCAACAAUGCAGGGGGGUGGUGCAACCCUCCCCUCCACCACUUUGACCUCUCUCAGCCUGUCUUCCAACACAUUGCCCACUAUAGUGCCGGAAUUGUCCCUGUUGUUUACCGAAGGGUGCCAUGUAAGAGAAGUGGAGCCAUAAGGUUCACCAUUAAUGGCCACUCCUACUUCAACUUGGUACUCGUCACCAACGUCGCCGGAGGCGGCGAUGUUCAUGCGGUGGCCAUUAAGGGUUCAAGAACUGGGUGGCAAUCGAUGUCCAGAAACUGGGGGCAGAAUUGGGAAAGCAGCUUGUAUCUCAACGGCCAAGCCCUCUCUUUCAAGGUCACCACCGGCGACGGCCGCAACAUCGUCUCCUACAACGCCGCUCCUCCGAGCUGGUCUUUUGGUCAAACCUUCGCCGGCGGCCAGUUCCAUUGAGGACGAUCAGAGUAGACGACCCUAAGUUGUAAUUUACUCCGAAGGAUGAUUGCACUAGUGGGAUAUGAUUAUUACAAGUGUAAAUCUAUUAUAGUAAUAUAAUUCCUUCCAUAUACGAGUUUUAAUUGAACCAUAAA